AUGUCCGCGCUACCCUUCAAGACGCUGGACAACAGCACGGUGCCGGCCAUGCUAGCCUUGCUGGACUCCAAGUUCUACCCGACGCCUUCGCCAGGGUUGACGGCGAGGAUGGGCAUCCUGUGGGCUUUGACUGGAGCAUACAUCCUCCUGUCGCUCAACUACCUCUACCUGCAUGUCAAGCACAGUAAGGAGACGCCCAAGUGGAGGAGUCUGUGGCUGGCGCGGUUUGUCGAGCGGCCGAGUGGGCGAUUCCUCGUACUGAAUCCGCGACCAACAUGGAUUGCCGUCGUCAUCUCGUACGGCUUCUACGAGCUGUUCGCGACGGGUAUGUUCUGGCGCGUGUACUAUCUCGGACGGCAUCAGGACGGUUGGGCCGGCGUUCGAUCGUACAACGGGCUUGCCUUGUUCAUCGGCGGCUGGUGCAUCUCCUGGAGCGGCUUGCAGGCGUUCCUCCUGACAACAGAGUCGAACGACUCGCACCUCCUCCCCGCCUGGCUCGCGAACGGCCUUCUCAUCGGCGGCGGAGCCUGCCUCAUCCUCCUGCAUAUCGCUCUUGCGGCGUAUACCACCGUCCUGACGGAGCAACUUCUCAACCGCUACUACGCGCUGCACGAAGCCCUCGCCGCGUUGAACCGCCGUCUCGCUGGCGCGACGCCUACGAUUAUCGACCUCCUGCCGAUCCAGACGCUCUUUCAGCCUGUCGACCGCGCGGCCAAGCGGUUACUUACGCCGAACUGCGUCCAGUACGCCUUGAUUGCGACACUGCCGCUGGCAUGCCUGAUGGUCAACAUCGGCGGACUAGCCCUUGCGCGAAAGCUUCGCUCACAAAUCAAGGAUAGCGUCUCUCUCCUUGCGCUCCAGGACACGCAACACCAAGGCACGCAGGCGGCCGUUUCGCAAAACGUCCUGGCCGAAGACUUUGCCUUCUCCGACCCCGUUCGCCGUCCAUCCGACUUCGACACGCACUCGGGCUUUCACAGGAUGGUUUCGAUCCCGUUGACGAGCGUCAUCACCCGGACGAUGGACGAGAACAAGCGCAAGUUGUCCGUUGGGGUCGCCUCGGACGACUCGAGCAAGCGCAAGCCGUCGCUCACGACGAACGACGUCAAGCUGAUGGCGCGACACGGCAACACGAAGGGAGGAACGGCCGCGAGGUCUCAGGCUCGCAAGGUUCUCGCGCUGCAGAAGGCUACCCGGGAUCUGUUUGCUGUCACCGUCUGCAUCAUGUUCAUCACCCUCUCGCUCUUCGGCUACUGCAUCUGGGUCGCCUGGCUUGCCGGGACGGACAGACUCUACGAAGGGUCGUGGAGCGUCACGGAGGGGUCCGCCAUGAUCUGCCAGUGGAUCUACUCCGUGUUCGUCUGCUUCGGCGUCGGUUUUCUCAAUUACAACGCCUGGAUGAACGGGCGAGAGUGGCUCGCGGACGACCUUCCCAACGGCACGACGAACGGAGUCGGCGCUACCACGUUUGGCGCAGGCGGAGCGGGAGAAACGAGGCCGGCCAUGGCGGCGACGACCGAGCAGCGCGUCAGCUACAUCAGCCAUUUUAUCGAGGCGGGAAGCGCCGAACGACCCGCACCUCCGCCAGUCGACUAUCCGCCUCUCUCGCCCAGGACGCCUAGCCCGUCCGCUUUCGGUCCUACCUCGAAGGAUCAGUCGCCGACGACGUCCGCCUCGUCCGCGCCGUCCUCGACAACUCGCCGUCACGUGGUCGGCGAACGGAAGCCGUCUGCAACCCGCUUCAGCCUUCCUCGGCCGCAUUGGCCUUUCCUCCGCCAGAACAGCUCCGACUCGAUCUCGAAUGGUCGACGAAGAGGGGUUGGCGCAGCGCACGGAGCAGGAGGCAGCGCGACGGCUUCAGCGAUUAUGGUGACGGUCGAGACGGACCAGGUUUGCGACGGCGACACGUGCGCUCUGUGGUAUAACGAUCAGGACAAGGCGGAGCGAGGCGAGUCCGGUCGAUGA